CCGCCCAGUGGCCCGGGUGGCCCAGCUCACCGCGGACUUCGGGCUCCGGCUGUUCCGGGAAGUGUCCAAGGCGUCCAAAGAGCAGAACCUGGCCUUCUCCCCGCACGGCGCGGCGUCGGUGGUGGCCAUGCUGCAGGUGGCCUCGGAGGGAAGCACCCGGCGGCAGAUCCAGGAGGCCCUGGGCUUCAGCCUGAAAGAACGGGGCAUCCCUGGAGCCCUGCGGCUGCUGCAGAAGACCCUGAGCGACCCCCAGGGCAAGGACGUGGUGCGGGUGGCGGAGGCCCUUUUUGUGCAGCGGGACCUGCCCCUGGUGCCCACCUUUCUGCGGCGCUUCCGACGCCUGUUUCACCAGACGGUCAAGCAGGUGGACUUCACCGAGAGCAGCCGGGCACGCGGCAUCGUCAACGCCUGGGUGGAGCAGCACACCAACGGGAUGAUCCAGGGCUUCCUGCCGGAGGGCGCACUGGAUGCCAUGACGCGCCUGGUGCUGGUUAACGCCAUCCACUUCAAAGGCCUCUGGCAACUUCCCUUUCCGGAGGCCGCCACUCGCCAGCGGAUCUUCCACAAGCUGGGUGGCAGCACCGUCGCCGUCCCCAUGAUGGAGCAGACGGCCGAAUUCCACUACGGCGAAUUCUCCACCCCGGAGCUGGGGGAAUACGACGUCAUCGAACUGCCCUACCAGGGGGCGACACUGAGCAUGCUCAUUGCCAGCCCCUUCCAGCUGGACACCCCCCUCUCGGCCCUGGCAGCGGCUAUCGGUCCCCAUCUCAUCGCAGAGUGGAAGGGCAACAUGUCCGCCGUGACCCGGCUCCUCGUCUUGCCCAAGUUUUCCCUGGAGAGCGAAGUCGACCUCCGUGGGCCACUGGAGGCCCUGGGCAUGACGGACAUGUUUGACUGCCACAAGGCCAACUUCAGCCGCCUCUCAGUGCGGGAUGCCCUCUUUGUGUCUCGGGCGCUGCAGAAAGUGAAGAUUGACGUGAGUGAGAGUGGCACCGAGGCCUCUUCUGCCACAGCUGCCAUCGUCUAUUCCCGCAUGGCACCCUUGGAGAUCGUGCUGGACCGGCCUUUCCUGUUUGUUGUGCGGCACAACCCAACCGGUACCAUCCUCUUCAUGGGGCAGGUGAUGGAGCCCUGAGGGCCCCUCUGGAGCCAAGGGGGCCCAGGGAGCCUCCGUGUGCCAGCGGGAUCAACGCCCACCGGUCCCUUCGUGGAAGCUGCUGCUGGGCCUGGUCCCUUGCCUGCCACCCCACGUCACCCCUGGCACCGAGGGCACCC